GGAAUAGAAGAUGAACUCAACUGAAUUCAGUGAAGAUGUAGAAGAAGUUCUAAAAAAUAACACUGUGAAAGUGGAGACAGAAGCUGAAGAUGCUGCCCUGGACUGCUCAGUGAAUUCCAGGACUGCUGACAAGCACCCUCUGGACAGCGUCUUCACUGCCCUCCAGGACUGCAGCAAACGAAAGCAGCCGGCCAGCGAUGGCCUGCCCGACUCUGUCCCCAGCGUGAAGCGGAGGCGGCUGAUACCUGAGGCACUGCUAGCGGGCAUGCGGAACCGGGAGAACAGCUCGCCCUGCCAGGGCAAUGGAGAGCAGGCCGGCAGGGGCAGGAACUCGGGCUCUGUGUGGCUGGGUGAGGACGAGCCCUGCAACGAUGUCACUACCCCUUCUUAUAAGAAGCCUCUGUAUGGCAUCUCACACAAGAUCAUGGAGAAGAAGAAUCCUCCCUCGGGGGACCUGCUCAACACUUAUGAGCUCUUCGAGAAGGCAAACCCCAGCAACAGCCCCUCGCCACUGCGGCUCCUAAACGAGCCACAGAAGCGGGACUAUGGCAGCACCGGGGCGGCCACUGACGGCGACCCCAACAUCUACUUCCUGAUCCAGAAGAUGUUUUACAUGCUCAACACCCUCACGUCCAACAUGUCCCAGCUGCACAGCAAAGUGGACCUGCUCUCCCUGGAGGUGAGCCGCAUCAAGAAGCAGGUGAGCCCCACCGAGAUGGUGGCCAAGUUCCAGCCACCCCCUGAGUACCAGCUCACAGCGGCAGAGCUCAAGCAGAUCGUGGACCAGAGCCUGUCGGGUGGGGACCUGGCCUGCCGCCUGCUGGUGCAGCUCUUCCCCGAGCUCUUCAGCGACGUGGACUUCUCCCGCGGCUGCAGUGCCUGUGGCUUUGCAGCCAAGCGGAAGCUGGAGUCGCUGCACCUGCAGCUCAUCCGAAACUACGUGGAGGUCUACUACCCCUCGGUGAAGGACACGGCUGUGUGGCAGGCUGAGUGCUUGCCCCAGCUGAACGACUUCUUCAGCCGCUUCUGGGCCCAGCGGGAAAUGGAGGACAGCCAGCCUGGCGGCCAGGUCACCAGUUUCUUUGAGGCCGAGCAGGUGGACACAGGCCACUUCCUGGACAACAAAGACCAGGAAGAGGCCCUGUCUCUGGACCGGAGCAGCACCAUUGCCUCGGACCACGUGGUGGACACGCAGGACCUAACCGAGUUCCUGGACGAAGCCUCUUCCCCAGGCGAGUUCGCAGUCUUCCUCCUGCACCGGCUCUUCCCCGAGCUCUUUGACCACCGGAAGCUGGGCGAGCAGUACAGCUGCUACGGGGAUGGCGGCAAGCAGGAGCUGGACCCGCAGAGGCUGCAGAUCAUCCGCAACUACACGGAGAUCUACUUCCCCGACAUGCAGGAGGAGGACGCCUGGCUGCAGCAGUGCUCCCAGCGCAUCAAUGACGAGCUCGAGGGCCUGGGGCUGGACGCGGGCAGCGAGGGCGAGGCCCCGCGCGACGACUGCUAUGACUCCUCCAGCCUGCCCGAUGACAUCUCCGUGGUCAAGGUGGAGGACAGCUUUGAGGGCGAGCGGCCCGGCCGGCGCUCCAAGAAGAUCUGGCUGGUGCCCAUUGACUUUGACAAGCUGGAGAUCCCGCAGCCCGACUUCGAGGUGCCGGGCGCCGACUCUCUGCUCAGCAAGGAGCAGCUGCGCAGCAUCUACGAGAGCAGCCUGUCCAUCGGCAACUUCGCCUCCCGCCUACUAGUGCACCUCUUCCCCGAGCUCUUCACCCACGAGAACCUGCGCAAGCAGUACAACUGCAGCGGCUCCCUGGGCAAGAAGCAGCUGGACCCGACCCGCAUCAAGCUCAUCCGCCACUACGUGCAGCUGCUCUACCCCCGGGCCAAAAACGACCGCGUCUGGACUCUGGAGUUCGUGGGCAAGCUGGACGAGCGCUGCCGGCGCCGGGACACGGAGCAGAGGCGCUCCUACCAGCAGCAGCGCAAGGUCCACGUGCCGGGCCCCGAGUGCAGAGACCUGGGGAGCUAUGCAGUCAACCCCGAGAGGUUCCGAGAGGAGUUUGAGGGGCCCCCGCUGCCCCCCGAAAGGAGCAGCAAGGACUUCUGCAAGAUCCCCUUGGACGAGCUGGUGGUCCCCUCGCCCGACUUCCCGGUGCCUUCCCCCUACCUGCUGUCAGACAAGGAGGUGCGCGAGAUCGUGCAGCAGAGCCUCUCCGUGGGCAACUUCGCCGCCCGGCUCCUCGUCCGGCUCUUUCCCGAACUCUUCACCGCCGAGAACCUGCGGCUGCAGUACAACCAUUCCGGGGCUUGCAACAAGAAGCAGCUGGACCCCACGCGGCUGCGACUCAUCCGUCACUACGUGGAAGCCGUGUACCCCGUGGAGAAGAUGGAGGAGGUGUGGCACUAUGAAUGUAUCCCUAGCAUCGAUGAGCGGUGUCGCCGCCCCAACAGGAAAAAGUGCGACAUCCUCAAGAAAGCCAAGAAAGUAGAGAAAUGAUGGCCUUUGGGCUGCCCAGAGACUCAAAGGCCAGGAAGGCGGAGCAGUGGGCACCCUUGGGACUGAGCGUUAUUUUGGAGCACGCGUACGGUAUCCACAGACA